AUGCUUGCUGCCGAAAAAGACAAGACCAUGUACUUCACCGUUGACAACACCGUUGACACCACUGGUACGAUUGCUGGUACGAGCACCGCACCUCGCAACCCCAAAAGUACCGGUGAUGGCGACGUUGUUGACCUGGACAACCACAGCGUUCAAGACACAUACGACAAGCUAGCCUCCAUACGAGACAUAUGUCAACGAGCAAUUGUCACGAGUACAAACAACGCGUGCAACCCAGAGUUCGUUGAAACGGUGCUGCAGUUGCUUACCCCGACGAUGAAGUUUUUGGACAAGGCUGGCGAAGUUGACAACUUGCGAAAACGCCAGCGGACCAACGCGCCAAUCCCCCACCAAGUGGAGGCGCUGGAGCUACUGCUUCGUCAUGGCGCCAAUGUGAAUGUGGGCGAUUCGUCGGGGAACACGGUGCUCCACAAGGCGGCGUACUUGGGAUAUGGGGACUGCGUGAGUCUGCUGCUCCAGUAUGGCGCCGGGGCUAACAAUCCGAACAACAUGCAGCAGACGCCGCUCAAGUUGGCCUCGCUCUUUGACAAGCCAGACAUGGUGGCGCUGUUGUCCAGUGUUGUGUCGUAA